AUGAAUUUUCUGGCUGAAAAUAAAGGGAAGAUUCUUCUACUUCUUCACCGCCUACCCCGUAUUUGUCAUGAUCUAUUGAGGAUAAAGAUAGCUUUGUUUCAACAAUUAUGUGCUCAUUUACGAACGCAUGGCUUGGUUGACAAUAGAUCUAUCAAAGUAGAGGAGCAAGUGGCUAUAUUUCUCAACACUAUUGGACAUGACCACCGUAAUCGAACUAGAAGUUUUACGUUCUUCAGGUUUGGUCAAACAGUGAGUUACUAUUUUCGUAGAGUUUUACAGGCUUGCCUUGGAUUGUACAGAGAUGUUGUGAACAAUGCCACUAUUCAUAACUCACCAUAUGAGAAGGAUAAAGUAAAGCCAUGUUGGGAGGGAUCUGCCCAUAUUGGUCGGUUGUUAAGGAGUGCAACUUUACGAGAAGGUCAUAAGCUAACAAUUCCUGUUGGUAAAUAUUAUCUUGUCGGUGCCAAAUUUCCAUUGGUUCCGGGAUUUCUUGCACCCUAUCGUCGGACUCGGUACCAUCGUAGAGAUAUUGAGGGACAUCAGCCUGAAAGCAAGAAAGAGCUGAUUUAUGAUGCAGAGGAUCUUUGUGAUAAGGACUAUUGUAGUAUUGAUGAUGAGGUUAACACUGGACAUGUUGAUGCACCCGACGAUGACACAUCAAAUGCUCCUAUAUCUAUUACAGCAGAACCUGCAUGGUGUAGUAAUAGGGAUACAAUGGCUGAUGACAUGAGGAUUGCGAUUGCGUUGAUGGCACAAAAUCGAAGAAGCUCUCUUGGCCAUUUUCGAGUUGCCAGACUGACCACCCCUUUAAACGGGAAUGACAUUGAUUUCGGUACAUUGCAAGUAGAUCCUAAUGCUAAGACUUGUCACAUACGUUGGAGUGAUGAAAUGGAUGGUUAUAUGAUCAAUUCACUUGUUGAACAAGUGUUGGUUGGGCACAAACGAAGUGACAAUGGCCAUACUUCAUUUCAAGUGUCUAAGGCAAUUGAGAGGCUUGUCAACGGAUGUGGGGUCAUGGUCUCAAAAAAGAAUGUAAGAGUAAGGUUGAAGACUCUUAAAAAAGAGUAUGCUGAAGUUCGCCAGUUGUCAAGUAUGAGUGGUUUCGGGUUGGAUCCCGAAACUGGACGCAUUGUAGCCAAUGUCGUUGCUUGGGACGAUUUUAUUAAGUUACAAUUCACCCACAAGGUUAUUUCGCAGGGAAAGCCAGAAUUUGGGAAGUGGGGGACCAAAUGUUGUCUAAGAUAUAAUGAGAUGGAGACUAUCUUCAGCAAUGAUGGUGCCACUGGAGAUCACGCAGUGUCUGGCUUCGACCAUUUUUUCCCAAUGAAUGUAACUGACGAAAGUGUGAAUGAGGUAGCUAUGGAAAAUGUGGAGAUGGAUCCUAGCCCAAUUCUUGGUCGUAAACGUACCGCCGAAGAAGGGACCAACAGAGUCAAGCGUCGACGUAUACAAACUGUAGAUGAGAGUCCUAUCGCCCUAUCGAAGAUUGUCGAAUCAUCUACAAAAGAUUGCUCAAGCUAUGGAAAUGCAAACUGUGCUAGAUACACUGAACCAUGUCAACAGGUAGUUGAUUCUAGAGAAGCUAGAAGCUAUGAACCUAGACAUGGAUGA